UUUCCUUGCUCUUAUCACCACUGCUGACUUAUACAUUCCUGCACCCUUAUAUAUACCAGCUCCCACCAUCGGCCACUCCCUCACAUCGGCCAAUUCCACUCUCCAGAGAUACACUGAGAACACCAGAACUUGAGGCUGUGUGUAAGGAUGUGGAUGUGUUUUGGAGAGCAGGUGGACGGAUGCAAGGACACUGAGGGCACCUGCUGGGGCUCCUGUGUCGACUGCCUCAAGGAGAAGAAGGAGCUCGCCAGUAGAGCCAUCGGCGAGAGGGUCCGGGUGGCGAGGUCUGGAGUCAGCUUCUACAAGGGAAUGGAGAGGCUGGGUACCAUCAUGGAAAAGUGCCGCAGUCACUUCAACUCGAGCGACGUGGUCAUGAGCGUCUCUGACGCAGAACGCCUCCUCGCGACCCUCCACGAACUUCGCGACCUCGUCGAGCAGGCCACUGCAGCGUCCAUACUCAGGGGAAGCAGCUCGUCGACUUCCUGGCCACAGUCACGCCCAUUACAUCGUCGCCCACGCCCACACGGAGGGAGUUGUAUGGUAGCCACAGUCCGCUCCCCGACACCCGCAGUGUUGCCAGUAGCGACAGUGGAGAUACAAGUGACCUUGACAACGGGAUCAGGAGACCCGCCCCAAGAGAAUUCGGAAGUAGUGAUGACCUCAUCAACAGUCCGACUACCGCCGGAGGAUCCAUGGGGAACGAGGAAGGUGGAUGAUGUCGUCGAGGAGAGGCUGGGCACCAGCAAGGGGAUUCCCCACGACUACUGGUGACCCCGUCGAAAGACUCAACCAGGUCUCAAGUCUACAAGAGCUCCACCGUGUCCCGGCUCUCUCCCCUGAUCAGAUAAUGAUAGAGACCCAGUUGUACAAGGUUGACCAGCAGCUGCAGGGGCUGCUGGUUCUCUGGGAGCACCGCAGGGGCCAGCUGGAUACCUCUCGCAGGGUCAUUGAGUUCAAGGAGGCUGUCCCCGAAGUGACCGCGUGGCUCGAGACCAGGGGAACCGACAUGCUCAAGAACAAGAACAACUUUGGACGGUCGAAGGAAGAGGUUCUCCAGCUACUGACAGAACACGACGGUAGCGACGACAGAGAAGUGGCCGGCAUGAAGACCAAGGUGGAGUCUCUCCUGGCCAGCUACAGACUGGUAGAAGCCAACGGCCACAGAGAACUCAAUCAUAUCAGGGGCACCGCCUCCUCCCUCGAGUGGGAGUGGACCCGGUUCUAUUCCGACAUGGAACAGAGACACAAGAAUCUCCACCUCUCUCUCAGCUUCCAGGACUACCUCUUUGAGGGUAGUAACUGGGUCCAGAAGACCCGCUCUCUCCUGGACUCCCUGGCCCAGAGGACAGAGUCCGUGGACCGGAGCGAGGAGGCAGCCGAGGUGAGAGACGAGCUCUCUGUCUAUGUGGCCUGCACCGUCCAGGAACAGGAAGACAGAGUCACUGAGGCAAAGAGAAUCAGUACGGAGCUGCACAGCAACGUGCUGGUGGAGCAGGCAGCUCAGAUAGAGCAGAGCACCAGAGAUACGAUGAGAGAUCUGGAGUGCUUCAGACUGGAGCUGGAGAGACUCCACAAGAAGCUGGUGCAGAUUGAGAGCGAGAAGGACCGAGAGAGACAGCUCACCAAACAACGAGAGCGAGUUCUGGAAGAGAUGUUGCAGACAGAGGAGACGUAUGUAGCAGACCUGAAACUUAUAGAGAAAUGUCGCCCGAGGUUUGUGUCGGAGGUUCUGCCGAGUACCCUAAAGGGAAAGGAGGACAUCAUCUUCAGCAACAUCCAGGACGUGGAUGCCUUCCACAGACUCCACUUCCUCCCACAGCUGAAGGAGAGGGCCACAACCACUGACGAGGCAGCCCGCGUCUUCAUUGAAUGUGCUGACGAUAUGACUGGUGUAUAUGUCCCAUACUGUAAGAACAAGAUGGCAUCAGAGGAUCUUCUUACUAGUCACCGCACAUACCUCUCGCGGAUGCAGUCAAUGUUUGGUCUACAGAUGCCCCUGUCAUCUCUGCUCAUCAAACCUAUCCAGAGGAUCACCAAGUACCCUCUACUUCUAAAGGAUGCUAUCAGGUACACCAGUCUUCUAGGACAACCUACAGCAGUAUUAGAGGUAUUUACAUUGUGGUGCUUCUCUUCACGUAAUUUGCCUCACCUUGUCAUUUCCACCUCACAUUAUGUGACAGUUAAUAAUCCAGUACAGAGGGAGGUCUCCCCUGAGGCCAUCCAUACCUAAUCUCCCCCAAUUUGUUGUGCAAGUGGCAGGAAGUGACUUGUUGUUGUCACUUCCCCUCUCCGUUGACUCUUACUUCCCCAAUGAGCCAGUAUUACUAGGGAUCUGCAGGCUGUUGCUUGUUAUUAACUUUGGC